ACGAGCGGAUCACAAUAAAAUAGAAAUAAAAUGCUCUGGAAGAAUCAGUUUAUUUUCCUAUCUAUAGUAAUUCAUUUAGUAAAAUCGGAAAAUAAUGCGGAACCGGAAGAGCAAACUGAAACCGAAAUCGAAACGGGCCAAUUCUUCAGUCACCUUUAUAAGAAAAAUCUACGCCAUAUGGUGAAAAUAAAGAACGAUUCGUUGGAUCCAUGUGAUGAUUUUUAUGCCCAUGCCUGUGGUAAUUUCGACCAAGCCACGGAUGACGAUCCAGAUGAUUCGCUGCCUCCAUAUUUGUACAACAAGCAGGAUAGGAUGACCUUCUUUCAGGCUGAAGUGGGAAAUUUUUUUACCAUACCGGGCCGAUUGGUCUCUCAACUUUAUCAGGAGUGCCGACAGAGGGGAGAGAGUCAUGUGUUCAGUGUCCAGUCUUCACAGUCCCACUGGGAGCAAUUGCUGACGGAGAUUCCCUUUCUUUCCGGGCACCAGGAUGUACUCUCCGCCUGGCCAUUUCUUCAACACCAGUGGGAGCGAAGACGUCUAAAUGGAAAACUCAAUUGGAUCGCCCUCUCGGCUCAACUAGCUGCCCAUGGGUUGCCCACACUCCUCAAUAUUUACUUUGCUUUGGACACCAUUUAUGUGAGUCCCAUCGAGGACCUGCCCUGUCCGAGUCUGCAGGGGUUUCAAGAUAGCCUGGCGGACACUCUGGUUGGACGCCAUCGUCAGGUUUCCCAUAUUGUUUCCCACGAAAUGAGGGUCCUGUGUCGUGGAAUGAGGGGUGAACUGCCAUUGGUGAGGAGCCUAACUAAGAAUGGUAGAACCACUACCCCGCCACCUGGUCAGGAGCAACUCAUCCUGGAUGAAAAUACUCUGGAGUACUUUCAGCACUUUUUUGCUGCCUUACAGUUUUCGAAGGAUCAACUAGAAAUGGCUAGAAAGUUACCACUUAAUGUGGACAAAAUCACAUUGGCCUGGGAAGUCCUAAGACAAACCGAACCUAGGAUAGUUUAUAAUUAUGUGAUGUGGCAGGCCAUGGAACACUUACGCUAUCCCGACUGCUAUAAGCUGUCCGAGGAAUUCGAGAGACUGGUUCACUCAGAGUACUGGCAAUGGUAUGUUUUCAAGCCUCAUCUUUCAAGGGAUGUGGCUUUGGCAGCCUAUCAGCUUCACACCACGAGAUUUCAGCAGAAGAGAAGAUCCUCACUUUCUCGAAGGGAUUGGUAUGGCCGUCUGUUGCCUGCCUCAGUGGAAAAAAAGGAACUACAAGUGGCCCGAAUCCUCCAGGCUUAUGCCCAAAGUUAUUUAAAUAUUACGGAACUCAACGAAUACUAUAGGGGACUAGAAUUCAGGGAGAACUCUUUCCAUGGAAAUCUAUUGAUCCUUCGAAAGGCUCAACUACUUCAUAGUUUUUCAUCCGUUUAUGUAGAUGAAGAGGAUGUCAAUCAGCCAGCCUAUUUCCUGAGGCACUUUCUGCACUUUGUGAUACUCUCCCUUCACCGUCCAACUUAUCACUAUUAUGCCACCCAGGGACUAGAGCUCUGGAGACAGUCCAAGCUCCUGUUGGACACGGAUGGCAAGUACACCGCUCUUGAUUGUUUGGAGAGACAAACACUCCAGAACUAUGACGCUGAAGCAGCUCCCAUUUACCGCCAACUUAGCUCGGAGGAAAUAGAGGAUAUCUUCCAUUUUUAUCGAUCCUUUCAAGCCUCCCUCUGGGAUUACAAGUUUUGGUUGCAAGGCGAGCGAUUUGCCUUCGCAGAGACCUUUGUUCUGGACUACUUUGGCCUUGAUCCCCACAGGAUACUGUUCUAUGCGGUGGCUCAGCAAAUGUGCAAUCGCCAGACUGAUAUUUUUAGGGCCCAACUGAACAGAGGAUAUAUGAACAUGCCCCAGUUCCAGGAGGCCUUCAAGUGUGGAGUCGAUAAGCCCAUGAAUCCGCCUGCCAGGUGUAUGAUUAAUAUGUGUGAAAAUAAUUAAAACGUGAUUAAGAUUUAAGGGAAUUAAAUUAUAAGACUAAAUAUUUAAAAAUAUGAAUCUGCUUUUAUUUUCAUCACAGUGAUGCCUUCAUCAUGCUAUUUUUGGUGAAGUGUAAAUAUAAAUUUUAAUCCAUCUAAAUAGUGUUUCCACUUUAUAAGCUUACACAUGUACUCUUCAAAUUUUAUUAGAAAGGCUAUAAAUAUUUUAAUGGUUUUGACAAUAUUACCAAUCUGAGGCGCACAUGUCGUCAAAGGCGUGAAAUGUACGUCCAUCUAACCAUUAAUUCGCAUUUUGUUUGACAUUCCAUAGAGUUGAUUUUAGAAAAUAAAGUAUAUGCUUUGGCA